AUGCGACUCUCUGUGGUGGUCUCGGUACUGUGGCUUCUGGUAUGUGCGUUGGGCGCACACGCCGCGGGCGAGGACCCCGUGGAGCUAGAACAGGGUGUCGAGUCGCUGUCAUCAACCAAGCUCAAGGAUGCAGUGAAGCAGGUGCCGCAGAAGCUCAAUCUGGGUGUCGACAACUUUCUCGGCAUGGGCGUCAAGCGCAAAUCGGUCGCGGGCGCGUACGGCACCUCGGCGGCGGUGAUGCUGGGUGCAGCAGCCAUCGGAUACCAGGCCACGAAUCUACGCUCGCAGCGGCGCACGGCCUACAAGAAGAAGCUCAAGUACCUCGCUGCCGCACAAGGUCGUUCCAUCCCGGGUGCGAGUUCACCACCGGUGCUACCGGUAGCACAAGCAGAACCACUAAGUCUACGCCGACGAUACGGCACGCCAUGGUCGCAGACGCAGGGAAGACCGACGCUCGAGUGGAAGCGACGCGCGCUCACCGAUAACACACUCGUCGCCAUCGAGGACUACAACAAGCUCAUCGGCGCCAACGAAGGACUUGCCUCGGGCGGCAUCGCCGUCACCUCUGCCGUCGAGGGAAGACAGCGCAGUUUGGACGCUGGCACCAGGUUUCGAUGCUAG